CGUUUUAAGUGUGUGAGUUUACUUUAGAAUUUCUCAUAAAACGUCACUGACGUUAUCGUCCAGUAAGUGUGUGUUCACUCAUCAUAUUCACAAAGCUCAUUCUUAUUUCAUCGCUUUGCUUAUCGCUCCCUCAGUUAUUUUUCGACAUUCAAACAAAUCGGUUGUCGUUUUUCUAUACUUAAAUUAAUUUCUUUUCCUUCACAUUCAAUUCUGAAUCAGCUGUUUGAAUAAAAAAAUUAUCGCAGUGUUUAUUAGUGCACAAAAUAAUAAUAAAACAAGAAUCAAAAAUAUUUUCUACAAGAAUAAAGUAUCAAAAAAUAUUGUAAUCAUCAAUGAGAAUGAAGAAAGAAAUCACUCAAGAAUUAAGAGAAGCACUAAAGUACAAUUUGUCAUUUGCCGGAUGCGGAUUUUUGGGGAUUUAUCAUGUUGGAGUUGCUGUCGCCUUUAAGAAAUACGCUCCACAGUUACUUCUACAAAAGAUUUCUGGUGCUUCAGCAGGUGCUUUGGCUGCAACAUGUCUACUCACUGGAAUGCCUUUAGAAUUUGUGAAGGAAUUUUUCAAAGCGAUUUAUGCUGUAACAUCUAUCUUGUCAAUGAGUGAUGCAAUCAUAACAUCAAUUUUGUUGCGCAUUCAUGGAUGGCACGAGAGUCAAGAAAGAAAUGAACGAAUUUAUUAG